UGGCAAAUAUUAGUCGAUCAAAUGGUGAUUGGAGAACCGCCAUGCAGUUUUGCAGCACACCCCUGGGAUCCAGGACUCCAUUCAGCACGAACACUGACACGAUCUCUGUGUCGUCUGCUGAUAGGGGCAGGUUAGCAUGGAUAGGUGCCUACGGAUUGUACUCCUCGUGGUUGAAAAUGCUAGGAUGUUUUAGAGUUACUGAAAGCACAAUUUCUUCCUUAGUAAAUAGGACAACGACGUUGAAAGAAAACAAUGUAUAUAGCUGCUUUGAAUAUUGUACAGGAUUACCAUACUUUGCCUUGAGUAGUACACAAUGCUACUGCUUCACUAACAAUUUUCCCACUGUCAGUAAUAAUGGGCCUUGCUACCCUCAAAGAUGUUCAGGGAAUCAGGACGAUUUCUGUGGUGAAACCUUAGUUACAAACAACUUGGUGUCCUUAAUGAUUUACAAGAUAGACACAGCAGAAUUUGUAGGAUCAGAGGAAUGUUUAGCUUCACAGUAUACUGGCGUCUUUACCGAGGAUGGGACUAGUUAUUACGGGUUCCGUGCACCUGUUGUUUUACCCUGCAACACCAAUGGGCUGGGAUACACCUAUCGAACAAGGCUCGAUUUUCCAGCAGCCCAUAAUUUUCGUUUGUACACGUUACCUGUGACGUCAUGGAAGGAAGCUGUGGACAACAGUUAUGGAAAUCAGUUUGGAUUGCUCGAAUUUGUGAUUUUUCGGUUCCGGUUGCAGGACCUAAGUCAGCCAAUAGUAGGUGACCAAUAUUGGGUCGGAUUUCUUCGAAGACACAAAAUGGAGUUUGGAACUGAAAUACCUCCAGGAACUCCAGCUCACUGUGUUGCCGGGGAAGUCAACGCGUCAGGAAAACUAAAGAUAACCUAUCGCUUUUGUAACGAAAGCUUGCCAGUGUUGUGCGAAGUUAAACAAUCAGAAGAAACAAAUAAUAGUAUACACAUGACUUCAGUUGUUUCUACGACCACGACAGUCGGAAAUAUUAUCGAUAAUACAGAUACUACUUCUGUGAAUUUGGACUGGUUCAUCUUCAUCGCUGUGUUUGCCAUUGCGCUGAUUGCUCUAGUUAUCGUUGGAGUCUGUUGGAUAGUAUUAACAUUGCGGAAGAAACGCCGAUCCAUCCUUAAUACGUCUCCUACCGAAGUUCAUUCGGAUGGUUUGUACACAGAAAUUGAGAGCAUCUACAGCGUUAUUACAGACGGAGACGCAAUAUCAACGAUCUCGGACAUUCAACUGCGGAAUGAAUCGAUUUCUCUCCCAGAAAAGAAAAAACAAAGAAGUUUGAAGUGGAAAAGUAAGAAAAAAAGCUUACCGACCGCUCCAGUUGAAAACCCUUCUCAAACGAGUGGACCAGGGGCCUCAAGAUUAGCUGACCUUCCUGUUAGAAGGCAGUCUGACUAUAAUGUAAUCAGAAGUGUUAUCAAAAUGUAUGAUGAAGACCCACCACCCACUCCACCUACCCCUCCACCGACACCGCGGCAUAGCAUUCCUGAUAUCAUUCCUGAGGGUGAAUAUUAUAUACUCGAGGAAAUCAAGAAUAAAGAGACUUCAGACACUAGUGAAUCUAACAAAGUAGAACAAGACGAUGAUCAUUUUUAUCAUGUGUUGGAGCCUAAACCUACAUUAGAAGGCAAUGCAAAUAGAAAUGUGGACGCCACUCUACGGGCGGUAGCCAACAGAAUUCCCCUCUCUAAAUGGGUUGGUGGAAGGGCAGCUUCUUUUGAACCAUCCAGAAUAUUUCGUGUUGCUUCUUCGCGAGAAGGAAGCUUAGGUGUUGUACAAGAGGAAUAUGAAGUCGAUCUCAAUAAAACAAAGAAAUCCAUGAGUAUGAGGGGUAAGCCUCACGGUUUAAAAGAGACUUCUCUUCACCCACAUGGUGCUUUAAAAUCAACAACAUCUGCUCCAGCUUUGACGUUGUUCCAUCGUGGCAGUUCUAGAAAAUACAAAACAAGCAAACAUGUGAUGCCUGAAUAUGACUCAAAUGAUUAUGUCAUUCCACUGAGUAUGAAAAAGACCGGGUUAGACAUGCGUAACUCUCUGUAUGAUCACACUAAGAGAGAUCGGAAGGGGUCCACACAGUCUACUAAUGAGGAUAUCUAUGAUACUUUGGAAAGUGUGCGUGAUUAUUUAGAUAAUUCACUGGAGACAUCGGAACAAAAUGUUUCGAAAACUGACGAUUUCCCGAGUAAAUGAGCGUAGAAAACCCCCUAAAGUGUGUCGAAUAACAACUAACAGACGAUUUCCCGAAUGUGUCAAGGAAAAACAACUCGUACUUCAGCACUGGUCUAACGAUUCUAUACAAGUCUUAUUCACUCAUAUAAAUUACCAACUUUGAAACCUUAUGCAUGUUUUAAGCACAUGCAUGUAUACUCAUACUUUGUUGCAACAGCAAAAUCAAUCGUUUCAAAAUUCAUUCACCAUUGUACUGCAUUUUUUUUUUUACGUUUGUGUUCUACUAUAACGUAAGUUGUUAGGAUAAAUCUCUGAGAACAUAUGUCUAAUUUAUUUUCGUGCGCAACGAUCUUUUAAAAUCAUAUCAAAUACUUUUGACUAAAUAUGAACCUUUUUAUUUUCUAAAAUGUCGAAAGUUUGUUUUGAUACCAAACAUAUUCUUUAUUGUGUAAACUAGGGCUUAUAGUAUUGUGUAUUUGAUAUCUUUAUAUUCAUGCUUACUCCUCCUAGGCACCUGAUCCCACCUCUGGUGUGUCCAGGGGUCCGUGUUUGCCCAACUAUCUAUUUUGUAUUGCUUAUAGGAGUUAUGAGAUUGAUCGCCGUUCGUUAUCUUCACCUUUCAUUCAUACGAAUUUCUAAAAAUGUUUGAAAAUUAUUCAUCUAAAAUGUCAAAAGGUAUUCUUUUACAAGCUAUGGGUUGUAGGAUACUGUAUCUAUUUGCUGAAAAGCUCUGUACUGAGUUCAGUAUAACAAAAAUAAUUACAUAACACAAGCAAGAGUCAAAGAUGGAUUUUAAGGACAGUUAAAUCAUAAAUAAGGUAUGAAUUCAUGAGAACUAUCUUCCUUUUAACAACACAGUACUAGUAAUUCUCUGUUUUUCUACAGUUUUCUCCUUGUUUGUGAAGUACGACUCAUCUUUUAUAUAGUCUUUACAACAGUUUAUUUUGACACAAAUUAAAAUGGAUACGAUGGCAGCUGAAAGAAGCAUUACAGAAAAACAAAAGAAAGGUAAACUCUAAUUAGAUACAUACUUAAGCUCUUGUUUCAUGACAAAAUAUAAAAUCUCGGAGUCUACAAUUUACACUGGGGGAUUUUAAUCCUCACAUGUUUUAUGUAUGAUAAAGUAUUACCUUCAAAAUAAUCGAAUUAUCCAUCCUAUAAGCAUUCAUUUUUCUCUCUCGUGUAUUAAUAAUGGGAUUUUGGAACCAAACAAUUAAAAGAGAUUACAAUUUCUACCAUUUUUGUGUAAGGCUUAUUUUUUCUGGAAGUUGAUAGUUAUAUUCCUAUCUGCACGCGUGGGCAGAUCCUCGAGUUGUGAGAUACGGAUAAAAAUAAUCACGAUACGAACUACCAUUUGUCUUGAUAUUGACUGUUCUUAAAGGUAGUAAAAAGUAUGAACGUCCUCGUGUUCAGACUGCAGUGUUGUAUAUUUGACAUAUUUACCACUAAGCACUGCUCACUUUUAGACAAAUAUACUUGGGGGGCAAUACAACUAGGAUGUAGCGAAGUUUUAUUAUUAUUAUAAAAGUUAAAGUCCUCAAAUUGUUCUCGUUUUACAUACUGUAGAUAAACAAGUAUCGUAUUCUUGCGCCUUUCCCCCUUGACAAAAGUGUCUUAUUAUGGCAAUACAUACUUUAAAAAUUAUAAAUAUUACCAUUUCCAUUAAACGUUCUACGCAAAAUAUGAACAAGUCACAUUGGCUACAUCGCAAGAAAUCCCCCAGGGAAAAUAUAUCACAAGUUUAUAAUUACUGGGUGUAGGUAAUAUGACACUAUAAUUAAUAUUGUCACUUUUAAGAAAUACAAUAUGGCAAAAUAUUGACAUAUGUAUUCAUUUUUGUUGUGAAUUUAUACAUAGUAAAUGAAAGUCUUUUUUGCUUUUUGAAGAUUUGAAUUUUGGGUAAACAAGAAUUUUGUUCAUACCUCGUCAAGUUUUCAUAUUCAGAGAUGAGGAAA